UUCCCAUAUACCAUCCAUCUAUCUUCUCAAUCUCAGCCUCGCCUCGUAGCCACUAUCUACUGACUUCUGAGCAGAGAAAUGCGAAUGGCUUCCAUGUCCAUAACCUGCUUCUCCCCGCGAGCUCUAGCUCGCCCGAGAACUGGAAACCGUAUCCCUAAAAUAUCUUCUCCGCAAAGGCUUUCUCGAAGCCUCAGGCGGAACCGCAACUCUAAUUUGAAGCCUCAAAAGAGUACGUACAAAUCUGCACCACAACCACUCACCUUACCCGGAGGCGAAGCUACCACUUACACUAGCCUUCCUUUGAGAGAAGAUUUCACGGCCCCUUCACUUAGUUUUGCAGCAACGGAAUUUAAGCUCUCCGAUUCAAGUGUAGUGGAAAUUGAUGAGGACGCCGAGGUAUACCGUUUGAGUAGCGAAGAAGAAGAAGAAGUUGAAGUAGAAGAAGAUGGCAUGGAUGGUAAUUUACGGGUUGAUUAUGGGAAAUUUGAAGUGUAUGAGGUUAAUUCUGAUGUUGAAGAAGAUGACUAUAACGAUGAUUAUGAGUAUGAUAACGAAGAAGACGAAGAAGAAGAAAUUGUUAGUGGCAAAUCCGUAAAUCAUUACAAUGGCAAUCGCUUUUACGAAACAGAGGAGAAGGAGGAAAUUACCAAUGGCGAAACCGUAUAUCUAUCCGAUUUCGAGGAUGGAGAUGUGAAAGAGAAGGGAGUGCCGGCGGUAAUGCGAUGCUUCGAUCGCGCCAAAAUCUACGUCAAAGCUGGAGAUGGUGGAAACGGUGUCGUGGCAUUUCGGCGCGAGAAAUUUGUGCCCUUGGGUGGCCCAUCUGGCGGGGACGGAGGGAGAGGGGGAAAUGUGUAUGUAGAAGUCGACAGUUCGAUGAAUUCGUUGUUGCCAUUUAGGAACAGAGUGCAUUACAGGGCGGGAAGGGGGUCCCAUGGUCAGGGAAUGAUGAUGAAUGGGGCGAAAGGAGAGGAUGUGGUGGUCAAGGUGGCACCAGGCACGGUUAUUAGAGAGGCAGGGAGAGAGGAGGUGCUGUUGGAGCUGUUGUAUCCAGGACAACGGGCUCUGUUGUUGCCCGGUGGGAGAGGUGGCAGAGGGAAUGCGGCGUUUAAGUGUGGGAGCAAUAAGGUUCCCAGGAUUGCUGAGAAUGGCGAAGAGGGUCCGGAAAUGUGGUUGGAGCUCGAGCUAAAGCUUGUCGCAGAUGUUGGAAUUGUGGGUGCCCCAAAUGCUGGGAAAAGCACACUUUUGAGCGUGAUAAGUGCUGCACAGCCAACAAUAGCAAAUUACCCCUUUACUACUUUACUUCCUAACCUUGGUGUAGUUUCAUUUGAUUAUGAUUCUACAAUGGUAGUAGCAGACCUGCCAGGUCUACUUGAAGGAGCACAUGGCGGUUUUGGUUUGGGCCACGAGUUUCUACGGCACACAGAGAGGUGUUCUGCUCUGGUACAUGUUGUUGAUGGCUCCUCCCAGCAGCCAGAAUAUGAGUUGGAUGCUGUUCGUCUUGAGCUGGAAUUGUUCAGUCCAGAACUUGCUGAGAAGCCUUUUAUAGUUGCCUAUAACAAAAUGGACCUUCCAGAAGCAUAUGAAAAUUGGCCAUCAUUCAAGGAAAGACAAGAAGCUCGUGGGAUGGAGCCUUUUUGCAUGAGUGCUGUGAAGAGAGAAGGCACUCAUGAAGUGAUAUGUGCUGCUUACGAGCUUCUACGAAGAAGUAAAGGAGCCAAUCAAGAGUUUGAAGUUUCAUCUGCUUCAGGUUUGACAAAUCCAGUAAAUUUGAAUCAUGUAGCUGAUAAGGUACAGAAGCAGCGAAGGUCCCCUAUUGAUGACUUUGAGAUCUUUUAUGACAGUGGGUCCAAUAUUUGGCAUGUUGUUGGGUCAGGGUUACAACGUUUUGUUCAGAUGACAAAUUGGCGAUAUGCAGAUUCUGAGAGACGGUUUCAGCAUGUUUUGGAAGCUUGUGGUGUGUAUAAGUCUCUCACAAAGAUGGGUGUCAAGGAGGGUGACACAGUGGUUGUUGGAGAGAUGGAAAUGGUGUGGCAUGAUUCUCCUGGGGGCGCUGGUCCAUCGAAUAUGAAGAAAAGAUUUGAUCCAACGAAAUGGCCUCAGUUGAUGUAAUCCUCUUAUUUUUGGUUGAUCUCAGAAGGUUAAAAGAAUUGGAGGUACUAAUAUAGCUUGAAAUUGAAGUUCAAGAUUUGUCAUAUGGAAUCGAUCUUUAUGAGAGUGAUAUUGACAUGGCAGGAUAGAUACAGCAGCCAAAAGUGUUAAAGCAAAGGCAUAUGAGCUUGUCCUCCAGCGUGCCUGAUGAUGCUACUUGAUGCAAAGAGAUUUCUCAUGCGCUGCAUGAUACCUGAAGCUGAAGAUCCUAGUGCUCAUUUUUUCUUGUUAAUGCUGUCACCACAAGCACAGGCAGAUGCCAAAUGGAGAUUCAAGCUAAUUUAAAUGAUAUUAUUUGAGCGACGGAGAGAAUAUAAUCAGGCAUUCAAUACCUAGAUGGUAUAGAUAUCUAAUUAUUUGUCCCUUUAUUCUUAGCAGAGAUGUUCUACGAAGAGUAAUAAUGUGGUUUUCGCUGAAGGAAAACUAAUCAUAAUUUCAUAACCAUUUAUUCAUUUCA